AUGAUGAGCAAGUACUUUGUUCCCGGUGUUGCACCCCUUCGCGAGGCAUUCCAGCUUGCAUCCUUUAUCCCGAACUUGAAGCAGCCAGACCAAGAUGGCUUCCCAACUCCGUGGCACAAGGUCGGCGACGAUUACCCUGCGCUGACCGAAAGAAAAGAUUUCCGGGUUCAACAGCAAGCGAACCUGGGCAAGCUUCUCGAAGAAUCCAGGGACGACGCCUUCAAGACCAACGUCACGAAGCUUCUUUCCACCUCGCUUGGCAGAUCUACGUCCAACACGAACUGGCUCGGGCCGUGCGAGGUGCGGAAAUAUACGCUCAUCAGUCCCAAGCAGGUGUUCAAAGACCUCAUCAAGUGCGACUCGGUGAGAGAUUGGAUGCAGGACGAACUCGAGGACGGUGUGCAGCGGGUCUACUUCGUGGUCGGCUACUACACGGUUUUGGACGCGGCCACACUUGACGGGGUACACAAGAGCUCUUCGUACGGGGUGGAAAGCGAGGUCCCGGUGGGAGACAUUGCAUCCCAUGGAGCGACCUUGCUCAUCCCCGGCAUGCUGGACCUCGAGGUUGGUGGCUCUGUGAAGCAUCAGGCUACACGUACUGCGGCUGUGGCCUCGUAUCUCCAGGGCGAGCGCGUCUACGCCUUUUGCUACCGCAAGGUCAAGUUCAGCAUCUUCAAGCUGAAAAACAGAGCGGCGUCGGCAAGGCUCGAGCAAGACAACUGCUGGGCUCUCACGGCGGACAACAGAGGCGCGCAAGUCAAAGCGAGUAAAGGUGUGGAGGUUGACCUGGAGGAUGAGGAAGGAGAAGAGGAUGGACCCGACACUUUCGACAUGGUUGGAGACGACGAAUAA